GCCUGACUUAACGUGAUGCACUCGUGCCGCAACGUCGUGAUCCGCGUUUUCACAGCGGAUCUCCCCGCUCCGCGCCACAGGCGCUCACCCGCCGCCCCUCCGCGCCCCUCACCUCAGGACGGCCCCACCAGACCCGCCCUCGCACCGCCUCCCGCGCCUCUGCUCAGCCGUGCCCCGCCCCAGAGCACAAGGUUGCUACCACAUGCGUCUGCUCGCGUCCACCUCAAAGCUGGAGGUAUGAGAGUGCCUAAAAAGCAUGAAUAUGGACCUGUUGGGAAAAAUGCUAAACCCCCAGGAAAAGACAAGACAAGUGCCAUUGCCAGUUUUUCAAAACCUCAGAACAUGGGUGUCUUGGUAGCAGAAGCACUGAGCAAAAUGAACCAUAAAAUUAAUGCAGCAGCCUUACAGGUGGCUCAACAAAAGCCUCAGCCUGCCUUGGAGAAGUUCAUACUGCCUAAGAGAAUUUACAUUAUUCAACAGCCGCGGAAAUGUUAAGAUACUCAUUAAAAUACUCAUGCUUACUUAAAGUGAGUUUCUAUACAAAAUAGCACUUCAUGCACUGUGGUGAAAUGUUCAAAAGCUAUGUGCCUUGUUUCUCACUGUAUUUUUGUUACUGACAAUAAAAUACUUUAUAAGAAGA